GUUACCCAGCGUGUAACCGUUUAGCGACUGGAUGGCUACCACGGCUUCGUCAUAAUUGGUCAUCGUGACAAAGCCGAAACCUUUACAUUUGUUCGUCUGCAGGUCACGGAUCACUUUGACGCUCUGGACGGCUCCGAACGGGCCAAACAACUGCCAGAGAACAUUCUCUUCUGUUUCUGGAGCGAGGUUAUAUACGAAAAUGCACCAACCGGAACCGUUCAUAGCGUUUCCGGGUAGCAUGGAGUUGGCCAGCAGGUCUCCGGCCAGCGGAGAAUACCUGAAAACAAAACACGAUCAACGUUACCGAUGGGUUAUCCUUCUAGAAGAGUUUCGCUAUCCAACCUGAAUCGUCCCGUUGGGUGGUGGAUAGGGCCAGCGAAACGGCGAGUGGCUUGGGGAGUUAGAUAAGCUGCCAAUGGAGGAAUGGCUUUGUUGUUGUUACUCGGGUUGUUGGCAAAUUUCACUGUUAUAGGUUCGGUGGAGCCUUUAGGAAUGGUACCAUUGAGUUCUUGAAUUGCUCGUUCUGCUUCUAAACGUUGGUCAAAACGGAUGAAACCUACUCCUUUCGACAGGCCUGAAUUGGAAAUAUCAAUAUUUUCAUAAAUUUACCGACACUCGCAACUAGAUAAAAAUCAGAUCGCUUUUUUUAUAUUUACUAGUAAAGACAAUAUCAACGAUCUAAUUUUUAAUAUCGAUACGAGCAAGCCGUUUAUGAAAGUCUCCUUCAAACAUCAACUGGAAUACUGAAAGAUAGCGACGACAGUGAUGGAGAGGGUGGUUUAGGUAAUGUAAAUCGAAUUAUAAUGAGACCGCCAGGCCACAGUGGUAAAGCAAAACGAGGUCAUUUGUGUUUUGAUGCUUCUUUCGAAUCUGGAAAUUUAGGUAGAGUCGAUUUAGUCAACGAAUAUGAGUAUGAUUUAUUCAUCCGUCCUGAUACCUGUAGCCCUCGAAUUAGGUUUUGGUUUAAUUUUACAGUCGAUAACGUUAAACAAGAUCAGAGAGUCAUUUUCAACAUUGUAAACAUUAGCAAAAAUCGAAAUUUAUUCAAUGACAAUCUAACUCCUUUAGUUAAGUCUUCAAGCCGACAAAAAUGGCAAAGAAUCCCAAAACAACAUGUUUACUAUCACAAAUCAUUGGCUCAUCAAGGUCAUUAUGUGUUAAGUUUCUCGUUCGGUUUUGACCGAGAAGACGAAGUCUUCCAGUUUGCGUUAUCUCCACCUUUUACUUAUUCUAAACUUCAAAUGUUCUUAUCUAUAUUAGAAUCGAAAGGAUCGUAUUUGAAUGAAUCGUUUCAGAGAGAACUUUUAGGAAAUAGUGUGCAAAAACGAAGGUUAGACUUAAUCACAAUCGGUUCUUUAGACCGAUCUAAACCUAAUUCAAAACGACGAGUUAUUGCGAUAAUGGCGCGAGUGCAUCCUGGUGAAUCACCGGCUAGUUUUGUAUGUCAAGGGCUUUUGGAACUGUUGAUAAGUUCAAAUGCUAUAGCGAGUACGUUGCGAGACCAUGUUAUUUUUAAAAUAAUUCCAAUGUUGAAUCCUGAUGGAGUAUUUUUGGGGAAUUACCGGAGUACAGUGAUGGGAGUUGAUUUAAAUCGAUCAUGGCAUUUAACCACGCCUUGGAGCCACCCAACUUUAAAGGCAGCAACAGAAAUGUUACUAACUUUAGACAAGAAUAAGGAAUUUCAAUUAGAUUUUGUAAUCGAUAUCCAUGCCCAUUCGAGCCUAAAAGGUUGUUUCAUUUAUGGCAACACUUACGAAGAUGUUUACAGGUAUGAGAGGCAUAUUCUAUUUCCGAAACUACUAGCGACAACUGCCGACGAUUAUUUAACCGAAAAUGCAAUGUUCAACGCCGACCCGAAGAAAAUUGGCACUGCUAGAAGAUACCUAUGCCAACUUUUAAGCGACCGCGUCAACUGUUACACAUUUGAAGUGUCAUUUUUUGGAUACAAACUCAAAGGGUCUGACGUCACAGUUCCUUAUACGGAAGACAGUUAUAUGAGAUGUGGUCGCAAUUUAGUUAAAACUUUUCUUGAAUACUACCACAGUACUGGGGCAAUUCCGAUUGAGUUGGCAAUGGAAGUUCAAAACAAAAAACGCAGGCCUAGGACUCAUCAUUCGAGAUCAACGACACGAAAUUCUUACAGACAGCGACCUCACACGACGAAAACUCAAGCACUUCUUCACUUCAAAGAUCUGAAUAUUAAUUACGAGAGUGAUACUUCGAUUGAUGAUACGUAUAGGAAACCGGAAACGAGCCGUUUUUUUGAAAAAUUUACACAUUACAUGAAAAAGACAAACGUGACAUAUUCAACGAAGUCCGAACGGAUUGGCUCACCACCUCCUACUACAAUUGUAGUAAUCCCAGAGCCCAGUCUUUCCAUAAUUGAUUUCAAUUUAAUAACAAGAAAUGAUAUUGAGAAGGCUUCCAGAAAAAAUAAACGAGUUACAUAAUAAUUAUUUAUUCAACUUGUGAACGAAACGCCAUAAUUGUUAUAAAACAAAAUAAAAACUAAUUAUUAACAUGUUCGGAUGAAAAAAGAAGAAACCAAUUUACACUAAUUGGCACUUUACAAAGUGUGAAACAAUUGAAUGACCUGAUUAGUUUUCCUUUUCUGUUAAUUCCUGGUAACGUGCAUACAUCAUUUUCUUAACACAGUCUUUGUACGACUCUCCUGCUAGAGCUGUAUAUCCUGCGACUUUAUUUCCUAGCCCAACGGUACUUGUGUGUUGUUCCGCCUAUACAAAGGACGAUAAAAAAUCAAUAUCAUAAUGUAUAAAAAUAAAUUACCUGA